AUGCUCUUCGAGAUCGACGAUCGCUCGACUGUGCAAACGUUCACGCUCAACACUAGCGGCAGGAUCGAGGCGCUCGAGCGAGAACUCCUUCAGCUUCGGAAGCGAAGGGAGGUCUUCGACGGCGUCGAGAUUCUACAGCGGAAGAAGCCUACGACGACAGCCAUCCCGAAAAGCGCGGAAGCCUCAGGAUCUGGUACGUCGAAAGGAGUGGCGGCACCCUCGAGCACUUCGACAAGCACGGCCCCGCCUCCGACGAUACCAGCAGCAGCACCCGCGCCGCCUUCUUCGCCGCCUACGCAAUCCACUACUAUGUCCGCUCCCCCAGCACCACCAGUACACCCCUUCGCAAACGCUCGCGACGCAACCUACGCCCCACCGAAUGUUCGAAACUUCGCAACUCCGCCGAAGCCCUCGAACGACAAGGGCAAGGAACCAGCGUACAAGACCAUCGUCCCUGUCAUCCAGCCGAAGCUCGCCGAGGAAAUCUUCCAGCGUUCGAUGAAGUCGCAGUUCGUCACGCUGACCCCAGAAGAGUUGCUGUCGAUCGCGCCCGACGUUCGAAACAAGUACCGCGACGCCGUCACCCCUAAGCGAGUCUCGACGGAACCCGUCGCGUCGGCCCACAUCGUAGAAAUCGGCGCCGACGAGGUCACGGCCAUCAACCAGCUCUCGUGUUCGGGUGCAACAUUGGAACCUGGUGCUACGAUCGUCCCCGACCCCUAUGAAACCUAUCUGAAGCACAUCCCUCACGGCGAGCACCCCGCAGAAUUCACCGUCGCCCGCGAUUCAAAUGCGAUUCGUUCGAUCAUCGCGUUGGUCGACAACAAGGAGCAAAUCGAAUGCAUCGUCGACCCAGGAUCGCAGAUAGUCGCCAUGUCGGAAGAGGUCUGUCUCGGCCUCAACCUCCUCUUCGAUCCUACUAUCCAGCUGAACAUGCAAUCGGCGAACGGCGAGGUGGACCGAUCGCUGGGACUCAUUCGAAAUGUUCCCUUCCGCAUCGGUGAAAUCGUAUUGUAUCUUCAGGCUCACGUCAUUCGAAACGCAGCAUACGACAUCCUCCUCGGCCGACCCUUCGACGUGCUCACGCAGAGUGUCGUCAAGAACUUCGCCGACGAGAACCAAACCAUUACGAUCCUCUGUCCGAACACCGGCGAAACCGAAGAUCGCGAAGCCGGCAGCAUCCUCUCGGGUGUCGCAAAUCGCAUUUUCUCGCUUCGAGGAAUUGAUUCCCCAUGA